CUGUGUCUCAAUGCAUCCCUUACCAAUCAAAAGAAGCCAAAGAUGAUGUCUGUUCAGUUGAUACAUUGCGAGAGACGGACGAGGGGGUGACCGCGAUGGCAACAGCGACUACUCAAGUACAGGACUGCAGCUCGACCGGAUCGGCCAGUCCUCGCUUCCUCACUUUUCAUCUUGCCCUUCCCAGCAAUCGACGACCGACCCCAGUCACGCAGCUCCGUGCGAAACCUUCAAGAUGCACUCGAAGAUCCUCGCCGUACUGGGCCUGUGUGUCGCUGCUUCCAUCCUGCAGGCAGCCGACGCUCGUGGCAGUGCUUCAGCGGCUCCGCGUCGUCUACUUGGCUCCUAUAAGGACUAUGGACACCACCCGCGGAAGCACGACCAUGACCACGACCGCAAAAAGCAUCACCGCCACGACAAGGAUUACUACCGUCGUCGUCUAGAAGACAAGGAAAACAAGGCCGCCGAGUCCUCGAGCUACGGCAAAUACGACUAUGGUCACGAUGACCACAAGCACGACGACCACAAGCAUAAGCGCUACGGCUACGACGACGACAAGCAUGACGAUUACAAGCACAAGAGCUACGGCUAUGGCGACGACUACAAGCACAAGAGCUACUACGGCUACGGCGACGACUAUGAGGGCUAUGGCUACAACUAUGGGUACAACUAUGGCUACAAGAGCUAUGGCGGUGACUGCGAUGACUACAGCGACGACUACUAUGGCCAUGGCAACGACUACUACAGCUAUGGCAAGGACUACAGCUACGGCUACUACCCCGAUUACUACUCGUCCUACGGUAAGGACUACGACGGCUAUGGCUACGGCUACUACCCGGACUACUAUUCGUCGUAUGGAUACGGCUACCCUAGCUACGGCUACCCCGAUUACGGCUACGGCUACUCCAAUUACGGCUACGGCUACCCGGGCUACUCUGGCUAUGAGUCUGCCCAAACGAGUGCUGGCGCCGUUGGUGGUGAGAAAGAGCCUGCAACUGUGUCCACGGACGCUGUGGACGCCAAGUCAGUCGAGAAGGAGAGCAAAACGGGGUCGAAAGCAAAAUCGUCGAAGGAGACCAAGUCGGAUCCUACUGACAAGACGAAGGGCAAAUGAAGAAGCUGAAACAAGGCAUGCUGUGUGGGAAGAGUAGGUGACGGGUAAUGGUGAUGUAAGCCCGCGAGGAAAAAUUGUAGCGUAGAUAAAAGAAGAGGCAGUAGUAAUGAAUGCAAAGCCAAUAGGUAUGAUCUUGUUU